AUGCUUGCUGUGAAGCCUGGAAAGGUAGAAGUUGUUGAAGCUGAAAAAGAAAAAGAAUAUGAAGGAUUAGACACUGGCGUCGCCAUUGAGGAAGUGAAAGGUAGAAAAUUUAAGGUUGAUCUAUACUACGACAAACCAGCCGACCCUAGUAACUAUCAAGAGACUAUGUUUAAAAGGAUCGCAAGUAUACAUGUCACGGAGCCUCUUCCCGGAGAUAUAUUGGUCUUUCUAGUCGGUCAAGAAGAGAUUGAAUAUAUGCAAACAAGGCUUGAGGCACUUGGCGAAUCACUGAGCAAAGAAGUACCAAAAAUCAAGGUCAUUCCUUUAUAUGGUGCUCUUCCACCAGAUGCUCAACAAUUAGCAUUCGAUCCAGUUAAGGAGCCUAGAACAAGGAAAAUUGUACUAGCUACCAAUAUUGCAGAAACAUCGGUCACAGUUCCUGGUGUGCGUUAUGUCGUUGAUAGCGGUAAAGCCAAGGUUAAGAAAUACCGCACAAAGUUGGGAAUGGAAUCUUUGCUCGUCGUACCAAUCUCUAAACAGUCUGCCCUGCAGAGAAUGGGUCGUGCUGGUCGCGAGGCACCUGGUAAAUGUUGGAGAGCAUACAGCAAGGACGAAUAUGAAUCUUGGCUUCAAGAUGAAAUCCCUGAAAUUCUUCGUUGCGAUGUGCUCGAGGCAGUUCUUAAGAUGAAAGCUCGCGGAGUUCAAGAUGUUAUUAACUUUCCGCUCAUGGAUGCUCCGGAUGUAGAAGCAAUGAAACAUGCUAUAUUCCAACUCAACGCCAUGGGAGCGCUCGACGAUGAAGGCAAUUUAACCGUCGACGGCAAAAAAAUGGCAAGUUUUCCUCUUCCUGCUGCCUACGGUCGAGCUCUCAUCGCCUCCUCAUCCCCUGAAUUCAACUGCGUUCUCGACGCCAUUGACGUUAUCUCUCUUUUGACAGCCGACUCCGAAGUUUUCAUCCAGCCAAAAUCUCAAGAACAAGAAGAGGAAGUUAACGCCAACCGCGCCGAUAUUGUUCGUCGAGAGGGCGAUCUCCUCACUUAUUUAACAACCAUGCAACGCUACGCCUCCGAAAAUACUAAUCGUUUCCAAUGGUGUAAAUCCCGCAACGUCAGCGCACGAGCCAUGAAAUCUGCGAUGCUGAAUCGUAAACAGCUGCGUCAACUUUCGGUAACCCAUGGUCUUAUCGACGCACUUCCACCACCCGAUCCUCAACCUUUUGAACCCGCUACCCCUGAAAGAGCCGAAUGUUUGAUAAAAGCAUUUCUGAGGUCGUUUGGAGAUAGAACGGCGACAUUGGCCCCGGACGGAAGUUAUGUAACGACAAAGGGGAAGAAUGCGGUGGUUAUACACCCGCAGAGUGUGCUCUGGGGAAAGAAAAUGGAGGCGAUCAUGUUCUUGGAAAAUGUUUUUAGUACGCGUAAUUGGGCAAAGAAGGUUAGUGCUGUGCAGGCGGAUUGGGUGGUAGAGGCACUAGGGGGGUGGAUGUGA